AUGUGGGUUCAAGAAUUGGCUGAAGAGUUUGGAUCUUUCCAACUUAGAAUUGAGCGUAAUUUUGAGGAGUUGCAAUCGAGGGUGGAUCAACGAUUCAUCGAUCAUCAAAACCAAUUCCUCGGCAUCAACACACAACUUCAACAAAUUCAUGCGGUGGUGGUUGGGGCUAAGGCUCGCAGCACAGAGCAAGUUCAUUCGAAGGGCGUCAAUGCAUCGUCUUCUACUGAGUCUGGAAGCAUGCAUCCACAACGCUUGGACCUUAAUGAUCCUUGCUCGUGGCUGAAAUCCGUGAGGAUGGAGCUUCCAAAUUUCGCUGGCACAUAUCCGAAUGGGUGGAUUUUUCGCACGGAGUUGUAUUUUGGGUUACAGCAAGUGCCGGAGAACAUCAAGGUUCGUUUGGCGGGGAUGAAAAUGGAGGGAUUGGCUAGUCCUUGGUUCCAAUGGUUGUUCAAUGGUGGAUCCAUUCAGUCUUGGGACGAUUUGAAGGUCGCGGUUCGUCAACGGUUUGGGGGUACUGCCUAUCAGGAUUUACGUGCUGUUCUUUCGAAGUUAACUCAGGAGGGGACAUUGAGUGAGUAUAUCAGAAACUUUGAGGCUUUGAUUAAUCAAGUCACUGAGUUUUCUGAUGAGGUGUUGAUGUGCUUUUUUGUCUCUGGAUUGUUGCCUGACUUGAGAAGAGCCAUCCAACUUCACUCUCCUACUUCACUCCAUCAGGCUAUGCAACUGGCCAUUACCUAUGAUGCACACUUCGUGGAGUUGCGUUCGUCAUUUUCUUCGGGUAGUAAGAAAGGUUUUGUGAAACAUGCUUAUAAUGUGGAACAGCCAAACCCGAUUGCUACUGUGUUACCUAACCAGAAGCCUGUGGUUCCUGCUCUGCCUUCUUCUUCUGUGCCUUAUUGCAAAUUGUCUCAUGAGGAGAUGCAAAAGAAGCGAGACUUGGGAAUUUGUUACACAUGCGAUGAAAAAUGGAAUUCUCGACAUAGAUGUAAGGGCAAACUGUUUCUGUUGCUUGGUGAUUCUGAGGAAUUGGACACUGAGGCAGAAGAACAGAUUGUAUGGCAACCUGACCCUGUGCAAGGGGAGUCUCAUGAAGCAGCCUUACAUUCCUUGGCAGGGAAAAACAUCCUAGGGCACUUCAAUUCCAUGUGGAGUUCAAAGGGAGGAAAUGGAGAGUUUAUGACAUGUGAUAGGAAAUGUAUGGGUGUGCCAUUAAAUAACCAAGGGUAUGAGUUCUCUGUGGAUUUGUGGGUGCUGGAGUUAGCUAAUUUGGGCAUUAUAUUGGGAAUUUCCUGGUUGAGUACUCUUGGCCGAUUUCUCCAUGACUACACUGAGAUGUCUAUGGAGUUUAUAUUCAAAGACAGCAGGGUAGUGUUACAGGGUGAACAUUCUGGUCUGUCCAAUAGAGUAUUGGAUACGAACUGUUUCCAUUUGGCAGGUGCAACUGUGUUUGAUGUCUCUCCCGAGUUAAGGGAACUGCAAUCCAAAAUUCCUGCUGCUAUAUGGGACAUAUUGGUGCAAUUUCACACUGUGUUUCAGCUACCAUCUGGGUUGCCACCACCUAGAGGUUGUGACCAUGCCAUCCAUUUGGAGGAGGGUGUGAAGCCUGUUAAUGUGCAGCCUUACCGAUAUGCACACCAUCAGAAAGGGGAGAUAGAAAAGCAAGUCUCAGAUUUAUUGGCUUCGGGCUUCAUUAAGGAGAGCAGGAGUCCAUUCAGUUCACCCGUUUUGCUUGUGAGGAAACAAGACAAUUCUUGGCGGAUGUGUAUCGACUAUCGGGCCUUGAAUAACAUCACUAUAAAGGAUCGCUUUCCUAUUCCCACAAUUGAUGAGUUACUUGAUGAACUCAAUGGUGCUAAGGUUUUCUCCAAGUUAGAUUUGCGAAGCGGAUAUCAUCAAAUCCUUGUGGUUCCGGAGGAUACAUCCAAGACUGCCUUUAGGACGCAUGAGGACACUAUGAGUUUUUGGUAA